CUGCUGUUUUAUUCAAUGACAUCUUAAAUGUACCGUAGUAUCCUGCGAUGAGUAUCUCAUCUCCACAAAGUGCUCGACCAAUGUGGCCUAAGCAAGAUACUCUGUUUGUGCGAGACUUGUAUGGGCCGCUACGUGGGUUGGAAUGAUGAUGGACCCCACAAUAUGUCGAAUAUCGGGUGCUUCCAUAUAACGAAACAGAUCCACCCGGAGCCACUCCGCCGACCACAUCGCCCCGCACCCACAGUUCCAUCUAUCCCUUCACGAAUUAAAAUUUUAUGAUGUCGGAGCAAAGAGAGCGAUGCAAAUCAUUUUUGUUUAACAAUCCAUCAGACGACGAGAGAGCCAUGCAGCGAAGGGUCACACGCUCGAGUGCCCAUGCCCCGACACAAGAACCUGCAUCAGCGACAGUGAUAAUCUCUGCCGAAACCGCAGGAGCAGCAACCAGUCAUGGCGGACGAGGACAAGGUCGAGGCCGUGGUCGACCCCGUGGUCGCGGCGCAAUACAGAUUGCUACAACAGAGAAAGCUCCAAGGGCCCCGGAAGAAAGUCGAAAUCCGAGUAUGAAAACAGACGAGAUCGUUGCAGCUGAUCAGGAUCAAGAGAAUGAGCAGGAGAAUGAGCAGGAGAAUGAACAGGAGAAUGAACAGGAGAAUGAGCAAGAGAAUGAGCAGGAUAAUCAACAGGACGAUCGAGUGAAGAACGCUAUGCAAGACGAUUCAUCAGAAGCAUCACCGUUAGCGCGUUCACCUGCCAGUUCACCACCAAUUGAUACCACCCCAACAACCGAGAUGGAUGAAGACCCAAUAGUUGACAGCGUACAUCAAAGAGCAAUAUCGUCACUGCGAUCGAUAUCCACCUCAGUCCCACUCGAUAUCUCUCGGACAGAGCAAAAGAAUGAAGAACCAGCAAUGAACAGCGUACCUCAUACGAUAGCAUCUACGCAUGAUCAGGAUCAGAGUGCCCUUGUUCAGUCACCUCCUAGGAAUGAACUUCCUCUGGAGCAUGAGGACAUCACCAGUACAAGUAUCUUUGAAGAGUUAAAGGAGAUGUCCAUUAUCUCCCCUUCGCUUCCGCCAAGAUUUGUCGCACAUGACGUGAAAGCAAUAGCAAUCGAUGGAGGGGACAAUGCUGGCGAACCGAUUAGUGUAAUCGCAACUGAACCGGGGCCGAGAUCGACAUCGACGCUGAAAAGGAACGUUUUUUUUCUAGACGAGGAUAUUUUUGAGCGCACUUCAUUUGGAGGCAGGAAUAGAGCAGCGGACAUGUACUUUUAUAAGAAGCAGAAACUCGAGGAAGAGGAGGAGAGACAAAGAAGGGAGCUGGAGGAGGAGCUGAGGAGGAAAGACGAGGAGAGGAAGGCGGAGGAGGAACGAAAAGCAGAAGAAGAGAGAAAGACAGAGGAAGAGAAAAAGGCUCAGGAAGAAGGCCGGAUGAAGGUGCGAGAAGGAAACGAAAGCACUAGCAGCGACGGUAGCAGCGGCGACAGCAGCAGCGAUAACAGCAGUGGCAGCAGUAGCGGCAGUGAAAGCGACGAUGAGGAUGAGACAACUGGAGACGAUACAAAAGAGGAGCAGCCAGCGCCUCGAUUAAAACCACCAUCAGUCAGCAGAAUCAAGCAGCUCGCCCGUGAUUCAUUGGCACCGUCAACUUCUCACGCUCCUGCAACAGACAGUGACAGCAGCAAAAAGGUGGACUCAUCUCCGAAGACCACAACGCCAUCUGAUCAGCAAGCAGCGUCGACAGCAACGUCAGGGCCUUCGACUCCUGCGAUGACUUCUCGCAAAUUUGACAUUACCGACCUGGUGGCAUCUGUCGCCUCCUAUGACCCAGGAUUCACCUCAGCUAUGGGCAGCAUCCAACCUAAACCAAUUCAAAAAACCAACGACUCCCAGGAGCAGCUAUCCUCACAGCAGCAGCAGCCGAUAUUAAUGCAGAUGGAGCCUGCCACAGUCUGGUAUCAUCAUCCUUGCAUACAUUCACACGAGCAUCGUUCGAUUCUCACCUGGGAGGAGCACCGUCGUUUUGUCAGAUACGAGGGCAUCGCGCGUGAUCAAAGCAAGGACCCAGCUACUCCGCAGUUGGGGCCAGAGGACAGGGCAUUAUGGCUUGCACUCCAGGAAAAGGUGGACAAUGAGCGACAGCGGCUUCGGCAUUGGAACGCAGACGUGAUCCGAUCCAGGAUAUCCGGCUACUUCAACCCAGCCAUCCGAUCCGCUUUAGAGCCGAAGUUCUCAAGGGCAAAAUCACGAGUGAAGGAGUACCCACAAUAUUACGACUUUGUGCAAUCCGUGGGUCUACGACUUUCCGGCGCUCAUCCGACACCCAGCUCCUCAAAGGAACCAAUGUUGACUAGAAAGACACCAGACGCCUCAGCAGCAGAGAACCCAGAGCCCGAUCCUCGAGGGCUGUUGGAGAGAACGGGAAAGAUUUGUCCGGUGUCGUUGGCGAAGCCGAUCUGGCCCACGGACGAAAAUGGUGUGCCCUUCGAAACGACGAUCGAUGUCAGUGAUCGGUACUGGUCCCUCUCGAGCUCGCAUUCAAAACCUCCAGUGCCACCACCCUUGAGUGUAAGAGGAACGAUAGCCGAGCAAAACUACAGACGACGUCAUAUUCCUACCAAGCGUCCUUCGGUCUCCGUCACCAAUGAUCCCAUCGUGCGAAGGUUUGUCAAGGAGCAGAAUGUCCAUAUCGCACUCGCGGCCAGUACACUGGUCACGCUAGCAAAGGCGCUACCUAGUCUUGCGGCGGAGUGGGAGAUCCCGGUCAGGGUCGUGCUAGAAGAGGAUCAGCAAGGUAACCCUACAGCUCCUAUGUUUUGAACGCAUCCCACCCUGUGCGUACGGAUUUAGCGUUCUCGAAUUGCUGAUUUCUGAUAUGCCUAUGUAUCGUCCUCCUUAUGAUCUAUUGCAUGGUGUAGGAGUGAUGCAAAAGCGGAUUUAUAUUGACAAGCCCUUGAUACCCAAGCGAAUGUCGGCUUUGGAGAUGACACAGAGAUUUUACGACGGCGCGCUCAAGAAGCUAUCGUUAAUAGGCUUCUCAUCGACGGAUGUUGACAUUCUUGCACUGAAGCCCGCACUGAAAUACACCGAGACAGUUACACCUUCACGAACAAACAAAGAC